GAUCUGGGAACUCUGCCUGCAGCCUCCUCCUAAUAUGCUGCUUUACUGAUGGCACAGCCUGAUCUUACUGAAGUCUGUCAGAAACCAGAAUAGUGCUCAGAAGCCUGGACUGGUUAAAAAUUCUUCACCAGGAUGACCCAGGCCGAAAUCAAGCUUUGUUCCCUCCUACUGUGUGAGCAUUUUGGUGAGAUUGUGGAAAAGAUUGGGACACACCUCAUCCACAAUGGAAGCCAGCCAUUACGAAUGAUCGCUCAUGACACUGGGAUGUCACUUGACCAGGUUCGGAAGGCGCUCUGUGUCCUUAUCCAGCACAACCUGGUGACCUACCAGCUGCAGAAGCGAGGUUUGGUGGAGUACGAAGCCCAGUGCAGCCGAGUGCUGCGGAUCCUCCGCUAUCCCCGGUACAUCUACACAGCCAAGACCCUCUACAGUGACACGGGGGAGCUGGUUGUGGAAGAGCUGCUGCUGAAUGGCAAGAUGACCAUGAGCGCCGUGGUGAAGAAGGUGGCCGACCGGCUGACGGAAACGAUGGAAGAAGGAAAAACGAUGGACUACAGCGAAGUCUCCAGCACCUUUGUGCGUCUGGCAGACACUCACUUCAUUCAGAGAUGUCCAUCAGCCCCUGAGAGCCCGGAACCCCCAGAGGCCCCGCUUCCUCCCGCCCCCACGCUGGUGCUCAACGAGCAGGAGAUGUACACAGUUCCACGGCUGAAUCUCGUAGGGAAGGGGAAGAGGAGGCACUCUGAUAACGGUGACGACUGUGAACCCAAGGCAAAGCGGCAGAAACCAAACGCGGACAGCAAAGAGCCUCCGCCUGAUGAUGGGAUCUACUGGCAGGUCAACAUUGACCGUUUCCACCAGCAUUUCCGGGAUCAAGUGAUUGUUAGCGCCGUGGCCAACAGGAUGGACCAGACCAGCAGUGAGAUUGUGCGCACGAUGCUGCGUAUGAGUGAAGUUACCACCUCCUCCAAUGCACCGUACACCCAGCCACUGUCUUCCAAUGAGAUAUUCCGGUCACUUCCAGCUGGUUACAACAUCUCCAAGCAAAUUCUCGACCAGUAUCUCACCCUGUUAGCAGAUGACCCACUGGAGUUUGUUGGUAAAUCUGGCGAGAGCGGCGGUGGCAUGUACGUGAUCAACCUUCACAAGGCCUUGGCAUCACUGGCCACUGCAACGCUGGAGUCGAUAGUUCAAGAAAGAUUUGGAUCCCGGUGCGCCCGAAUCUUCCGUCUUCUCCUGAGGAAGAAGCAUUUGGAACAGAAGCAAAUAGAAGACUUUGCCAUGAUCCCUGCCAAAGAAGCGAAGGAAAUGAUGUAUAAGAUGCUGACAUGUAACAUUGUCAGCUUGCAGGAAAUCCCCAAGACGCCCGACCAUGCCCCUUCCCGGACUUUCUACUUAUAUGCAGUCAGUGUGCUCUCAUCAGCUGGUCAGUCACAAGCUCUGGCACAGCUUGUAGCCAACCUGAUUGAAAGACGGCUGCACGAAACCAAAGAGAACAGGCGUCUGCUGGAAAAAUCCCAGCGGGUGGAGGCCAUCCUUGCGUCGAUGCAGGCGACGGGCGCAGAGGAGGCGCAGCUGCAAGAGGUUGAGGAGAUGAUCACAGCCCCGGAGCGCCAGCAGCUGGAGAGCCUCAAGCACAAUGUGAACAAGAUUGAUGCCAGUGAGAACCAAGUGGAUGAGACCAUUUUCCUCCUGGAGUCCUACAUCAACAGCACUGUGAAGCACUGAGCCAGCUUCCUGCCAGCUCGGGAGAGAGACCCUCGGGCAGCUGAAGGACGGCUCCCUCGCCUCUUCUGCAGAGAGGCUACUUGGAGUGCGGGAGGAGGCGCUUUCAGCCACUGCUUGGACCUCUUUAUUUAUUGUAUAUUUGCUUACAAGAACAUUAAAAAUGUUGGGACUUGAUGGGCCAUUGGUCUGAUCCAACAUUGGCUUCUCUUACGUUCUUAUGUUCACUUGUUGAUAACAGCCAUUGUGGAGGGUGUGCAAGGGGAAAGGGCGAGGGUGGAGGAGUUGACCCGGCAGACUCUGCUGCAACCCAGAGGCAAUCUGAUUCACGCUGCAUCUUCCCUGGUCCACCAUUUCCUGGCUCAGCG